AUGACCCUCAACACCAGUGACGGACGCAGUGAAUAUGGAGAGACAACAUCAAGUGAAGAGGUGACGUUCAAUGAGGCAGAACGAAGCCCCCACGGCGCCUGUGAGACCUCGCACCCUGCAUUCCAGGCGUCUGCCCUCGGUUCACAGUCCCCGACUCCCACCAUGAGCGCCCUGCUGUCUCAAACCCCCGUGGUGGCGGUCUCGCCAACAGCAGGGGUGCAGGCUUUCGUCUUCGGAGACCCAACUGUUAGCGGCAGGUCUCAUUUUGUGGAAAGAUACAUUGACCAGAAAGCCAGCGAUAGGGGCGGUUUCUACGAUACGAAUCACACACAACUUAAGUUUCUGCGAGUAACUCAGUGCGACUCUGCUCUCACCGUCCCACAAGUUUUGUUUCCCGGGGGGCCCCAACCUCGGCGUCCAGCCUGGAUUCUCCAGAACCACCCGACCUCCCGGCCCGACCCGGCCACGGCCGCGAGUCAAGCGCCUUCCCGCUACUCACCGUGGGCAGGUCGGUCCGAGUGCCGGGUCGGUCGGCUGCGGAGUCGGAAGAGCCGGCGCCGGCGGCCCGGCCCAGCCCUGCUACACUUUAACCGGCAGCGCCGGCGCUCCGCGCGCUCUGGGCGGCCAGGAGAGGCACCGCGGGCGUCUCGGACCCGACCUGCUCCUGGCGGCGAGCGGGCGCCGGGCGGGCCUGCGGGCCGGGGCGGGCGAGUAGUGCGCGCACUCGCGCACCUGGCUCACCGCACGCACGGGUGCGCUGGGCCGGCGCGUGCGUGGCUGCCCGGGAGACGCUCGGACCCCGGCAGCCAUCCCGCGCGACCCCUGCAGGCCGGGCACUACAUUCCCCACCCUGGGAGGGCGCCAGAGGGCCGCCCCUACCCGGGCGGUGCUGGGGGAGGCGGAGCCCGGAGGUGUGGUCCCGGGCGCCUGGAUAAGAGCACGCGGCCCGAAGCCGAUCCGGACCCCGCGAGGUAG